GUCAUAGUAAUCCAUGUGAAAACGGCUGGUGUGAGGAGACUAUGAUCGGUUUCAAAUGCCAUAGUCGAGCAGAGAAUUCUGAAAUGACACGUAUUGCCAUGGCAACCAGAGGGAGUGAAUCAUGCGGCGAGGGCUUCAAUCUCAACUACACCAUACCAAUGUUUGAGAUCUGUCCACAAAUGCUUGGUGAAAAUGGCGAGGUGAGGCCAAGUAUCCCGAAGAUGAUUCCAUCUUCCCUACCACAGGGACACGGAUGCGAGAGCCAACCCAAGAAGCGAGUGUCAGGACAUCGAAUAUGUCGACUCCCAGAUUGUCAUAGUAAUCCAUGUGAAAACGGCUGGUGUGAGGAGACUAUGAUCGGUUUCAAAUGCCAUAGUCCAGCAGAGAAUUCUGCCACUCUCCCUCGUUCUGUGACGACUACCAUGACUACAAGACAGAACGUUGACACCAAAAACAUCACAUCACCUUCUUCUCCAGAACCCGAGACCACCUCUCGCAAACCACAAACCACUCUACCAACCACUCUCCCUCGCUCUGUGACGACUACCAUGACUACAAGACAGAACGUUGACACCAAAAACAUCACAUCAACUUCUUCUCCAGAACCCGAGACAACCUCUCCCAAACCACAAACCACUCUACCAACCACUCUCCCUCGUUCUGUGACGACUACCAUGACUACAAGACAGAACGUUGACACCAAAAACAUCACAUCAACUUCUUCUCCAGAACCCGAGACAACCCCUCCCAAACCACAAACCACUCUACCAACAGCCACUCUCCCUCGUUCUGUGACGACUACCAUGACUACAAGACAAAAUGUUGACACCAAAAACAUCACAUCAAUGUCUUCUCCAGAACCCGAGACAACCUCUCCCAAACCACAAACCACUCUACCAAUCACUCUCACUCGUUCUGUGACGACUGCCAUGACUACAAGACAGAACGUUGACACCAAAAACAUCACAUCAACGUCUUCUCCAGAACCCGAGACAACCUCUCCCAAACCACAAACCACUCUACCAAUCACUCUCACUCGUUCUGUGACGACUGCCAUGACUACAAGACAGAACGUUGACACCAAAAACAUCACAUCAACGUCUUCUCCAGAACCCGAGACAACCUCUCCCAAACCACAAACCACUCUACCAAUCACUCUCCCUCGCUCUGUGACGACUACCAUGACUACAAGACAGGACGUUGACACCAAAAACAUCACAUCAACGUCUUCUCCAGAACCCGAGACAACCUCUCCCAAACCACAAACCACUCUACCAACCACUCUCCCUCGUUCUGUGACGACUGCCAUGACUACAAGACAGAACGUUGAAACCAAAAAUAUCACAUCAACUUCUUCUCCAGAACCCGAGACAACCUCUCCCGAACCACAAACCACUCUACCAACCACUCUCCCACGUUCUGUGACGACUGCCAUGACUACAAGACAGAACGUUGACACCAAAAACAUCACAUCAACUUCUUCUCCAGAACCCGAGACAACCUCUCCCAAACCACAAACCACUCUACCAAUCACUCUCCCUCGCUCUGUGACGACUACCAUGACUACAAGACAGAACGUUGACACCAAAAACAUCACAUCAACUUCUUCUCCAGAACCCGAGACAACCUCUCCCGAACCACAAACCACUCUACCAACCACUCUCCCUCGUUCUGUGACGACUACCAUGACUACAAGACAGAAUGUUGACACCAAAAACAUCACAUCAACUUCUUCUCCAGAACCCGAGACAACCUCUCCCAAACCACAAACCACUCUACCAACCACUCUCCCUCGUUCUGUGACGACUAACAUGACUACAAGACAGAAUGUUGACACCAAAAACAUCACAUCAACUUCUUCUCCAGAACCCGAGACAACCUCUCCCAAACCACAAACCACUCUACCAAUCACUCUCCCUCGCUCUGUGACGACUACCAUGACUACAAGACAGAAUGUUGACACCAAAAACAUCACAUCAACUUCUUCUCCAGAACCCGAGACAACCUCUCCCAAACCACAAACCACUCUACCAACGAUUGUAACAAAUUAUACGUCACAAAUAUCCUCGACCAUCAAAUCGGAGUCUACAGAAGCUUGGACCACCAUAUUUAACCCUAACACCAGUCAACCAAGCCUUAAUGCCUGUGACCUCAAGCCUUGUAGAAAUGGAGGUACUUGCUCAAGCACAGCACCGUCGAUGUAUAAGUGCACAUGUAACGCAGGACACACUGGAACGCACUGUGAAUUUCUUAUCUGUCCUGAAAAGUGGUUUUACUACGGAAACAAGUGCUACUACGUAUUUCUGCAUCAACACACAACAUGGACCGUGGCUAUUCGAGCGUGUAGCUCUCUGACAGUGCGGUUUUAUGGCGAGGCCGUGAAUCGGCGACCAUCGAUGCUUUUUCCAGAGAGUCAAGACGAAGCCGAUGAAGUGGUUCAACGAUUUCCCGGCGAGGAUGGAGCGGGAAGGAUUUGGAUCAAUUGCAAUGACAUGCACACUGGAGGGGUAUGGAUAUGUGAGAAAGACGCGAACGGGACAAUUUCAACUUACAGGAAUUGGCACACUACUGAGCCAACCGGGAACGGUGAUACUGCCUACCAACUAAAUUAUUCUAGUGAGGUCAAAUGGUUCAAUUUCAACUAUCACGCCAAAGCAUCCAUUCCUCAAACCGUGUGCCAAGUCAUUCUGUGAACAGCAAAUAUUGACCAAGAGAUAAAACUACUUUAUUGCAGUUUUAUCGAUUCAUAUUUCUUAAUUUCACCAGUCAUUUAGGUCUCCAGCAUUGUCAUACUUGACACACCAGAAAAUGAUUAUAGAUUCUUUUUUGUUAUGUUUCAAUUCAGUAGGUUUGGAAAAGGUUUGUUUUCGUGUAUUCAUGGCCGUACGCGGAUUUUUUUUUUUACUUUUUUUCCUGGAGGCGGGACGCAUUGAACAAAAAUCGAAAAAAAAAAGUACAAAGCGAGAGCGUGAAGUAAACGAGCCUGUCAUGGGAACGCUCAAAUUGCAUUUUCUAAAGUGAAAUUGAAGGAUUUCGUGCCCACUUUUGGAGAAUUUUGUUAGUCCUUUCAUUAAAAAAAAGUUCUCAAGAAUUCUGGGGGUGCAUCUGCCCCCUCUCCCUCCGCUGCCUGCAGCCGUUCGUGUGUGUCUGUGAGGUUGGGUGUGUGUGCGUGUGCGUAGGAGUGUGUGGGGGAGUAGUGAGGGGGGGUAAGGGUGGGUGGAUGUUUGUUUGUUUGUGUGUAGGAGUAAUCUUGCCUGGUGUUUUAUCGACUCUGGUAAUAGGUAACGGCACUGUGAUUACUCAUUCCUUUUGAACGAUUUCUAUUCAUAACAAUAAUAUAAAUAACCAUAAUUGCGACAACGAUAAUGACAAAAGUAGAAGUAACAACUAUAUUGAUGAUGAUACAUCGUCACCAUUAUAGCAAUAAUGAAAAUACCAACAAAAAUAACUAUGAUGAUAAGAGUUGAUUGUAAUUUUUUUUCGCAAAUUCUGAUACAGUAAGAUAUUCGACACAAUUAUGUAUCUGCAUAUUUUGCUUAUUAUUGCUUUAAAUGGAAAUAAUUUUUGAAAAAUAUAUAAUAGAGCUAAGUAUGUUAAUAAUGAUAAUUAAAGUAUAAUGAUAACGAUGAUGAUGCAUUUGGCUGUUAGACCAGGGGCCCGUUGCAGAAAGAGUUGCAAUCAAUCGCAACUCUAAAAAUCACGCGCAACUUGAUUUUCAACCAAUUAACAGCGCGCAUUUGGGACUUGCGAUUGAUUUUUUGACUUGCGUUUAAACGCAACUCUUUCUGCAACGGACCCCUGCUGGCAUUUGUCCACUUGGCGCAAUGUCAAAUGGCAAUUCGCCGGUAAGAUCAUGUGUUUCCCGUGUUUGCGAAAGCACGAAUACUAAAUAUGCCAGUAUAGACGGCAAAGUCGUGUAUAUUUUGUAGUUUCCACAUCUUUCGAAACGGCAAUUUAGUUGUAUAUUUAACCAAGACACUCUCAGAAAGAGCUGCAUUUUAUUUUACAUCAUUAUAAUCUAUUUGUACAUACACCAUCAUAAACAAUAGACUAUUAAGUUGAGUUAACGAUAUAGCAACGAUCUAGACAAUCAAGUAUUAUUUUUGUAAUACUUACAAUCGAGGCUUUUAGUGCACCAUUUGAGGCUAAGAUGAAUUCAUUUGAUAUCAGAAUUUAAGUAUGUUCUUCUUCAUUACAAAUAUAAUUUAUAAAAAUAAAAAAACGUAUUUUAUUCUUCAAAAUAAACAUCUGAAAAUAGAAAUAUAAUCAAAAUAAUUAAAUUAUAAACAUUAAAUUCUAAACGAAAAGGUCAUUACAAUUAAAAUUGAGGUAAAGACAUUUUAUGUAAUGGAAAUAUUCAUUAAACAAUCUUACAGUCGUAGUUAUAACAUGCUAAUUACCCAGCAUAACAUCUUUGAAGUUAUAAGACAAUAUUUACAUUGGCUUGUCACUUUUCAAAUUAUAUUGUUCAUUCAACAGUUGAAAGAUUGGAUGAGUGACAUUCGUUUCCUAAUUUCAUAUCCAACCUUUGAUAGGAUAAAGUUGAAACGAACAGAUUUAACGGAAGAUCUAACUAUUUAAAGGGGUAAAAUGCAAAAUUCGAAAAAGGUUUUCACUCCUCAAUACUUUCUUGCUUAUUUAACCUUUCAUUUUUAGCGUGUUGCAUUACCAGUUUUCUAACUCCCUUAAUAAUGGGAUAAACUGAUUGAGUAUAAAAACGAAGUACGAUCAAUUCUGUAACACCACUCUAAGCAAUAUUUCAUUUUAUACAAGCAUAGCUGAUUAAAAGAAAUAUCAAGUA